CGUGUACCAGUUUUUAAAUUGCAUUUACAAAAUAUACAACAAGAAGAAGAAAAGAAUAACACAAAUUUCUUAAGAAUUUGAACAAGCGCAAUUCAAUCUAAGCAAUCGCCUUUUUGCUAAGCUCUUUAUACUGCCAAUCGCCGUUCUAUAAACAAAUCUGGAAUCAAUUUCUUGGCAAUUGCUGCUGCUGCAUCGACAACAACAAAAACAAGAAAACACCCACGCAACUAAAAUGAAAUCAAAGCUGAAAACUGUGCAGCCGACACUGACGUCGCCGUCGCCAAUGGCCAGCAACGGUAAAUGGAUGCUGGUGUCAGCGAUGCUGCUAGUUCUGCUGGUGGCCGCCACCCAAGCAGCUGAUGAGAAAUCUGUAAAAGCUUCGGCUUCAGCACCCGCAUCCUCCUCAUCCGAUAUAGCCAGGCAGGCGGAAGAGAUUUAUAUCGAUGACGAUGGCAAUGAAGGCUCUGGCGGACGCGGCGGGAUACACGAUGAUCUAGAAAAGGAGGCGGACUACUCUGGCUCUGGCUUUGGACCCGAUGACGAGGACGCCGUAACCGAUCAUCAUUCCAGCUCGCACAAUACGCGCGUACAUAACGCGGACAACACAAAUAGUAAGCAUAAUACGAACGACAACAACGACAACGAUCUCAUCUCGAGUAGAGUCAACCAUCAUAAUCAAAUCGACAUCAACAGCAAGAACAAUCUUAAUAAUCUCAAUAUCAAUAAUAAUAAUAUUAACAAUCAUCCAGCGAAUAGUGGCACAAUCAUUGGUAGUAGCACCAACGCCAACAGCAAUCAUAAUCUCAACAACCAGAACAACAACAACCCGAACAGCAACAACAACAACAACAACAACGGCAUCAUCAGCAGUGGUAGUGGCAUCAGCACAAUCGCAGCUCACACACCAACAACACAAACAACUACCACUAGCACAACCACCACCACCACCACAACCUCAACCACCAGCACCACCAAUCCGCCCUCAAUCAAUUCAUCAACCGAACAGCAAUCGAAUUCGGUCGACAACAACAAGAACCACACCAUCGCCACCACCAGCACCACCUUGGCAACGCCAAGUUCGACAUUCAAUCAAUCCACGCCGCAGCUGCCGUUGCUGCCCGAUGGCGAGGAUGAGGACGAUGCCUUUGAUCAGGAGGAUACGCUGCAGGGCAGCGGCGAUGACAAUGAUGACAAUGAUCUCGAUGAUGACGAAGAUGGUGAUGACGAUGAUGACAACGGUGAUGAUGUGGAUGAUGAAGACAGUCAGCUCAUCGAUCCACAUCCCGAAAGCGAAAUCACCCAAACGAAGCACACAAAUCUGGACACGUCCAACAGCGACUCGAACGGACGCCGGAAACUGGGCCCGCAGCACAACAGCGACGGUGACGACGAUGGCGAUGGUGAAGACCGCACUAUCGAUUUGGAUGAGGAGGAGGAUGACGGACUCUACACGGAGAUCAGUGUCAACAAGGAUGUGACACACGGAGCCGGCGGAUCGGGUGGCAGCAGCGGCAGCGGCAACGUCCACGAAUUGGACCCCAACACCAACAUAAACAGCCAGCCCACAGACACGAAGAUCAACGAGCACAGGCCCGGCGGCAGCGGGGAGGUCGUAAUCAUGAGCGAGGAGGAUCGCACGACAAGUUUCUUUGCGCAGCCCGGCAUACUGGCUGCUGUCAUUGGCGGCGCCGUGGUGGGCCUGCUGUGCGCCAUUUUGGUCGUCAUGUUCAUCGUGUAUCGCAUGCGGAAAAAGGACGAGGGAUCCUAUGCGCUGGACGAGCCAAAGCGUUCGCCCGCUAACAAUUCCUAUGCGAAAAAUGCGAAUAACCGCGAAUUCUACGCCUGAGAUAAUGGCCAAACGCGCAGGUAUUAAGCUGAACUGGACCAGGCGGGGAGCGGGGUGCAGCAGCGACAGCAGCAGGAAUCAGGAGGUGGGCGUGUCAGGCAACAGCAAUUGGCACGGGUUUGAAUACGGCUAGUCGGCAGCUCAGCUCAGCUCAGUUUAAUACACUGCGCGAAAUUUCCCAGUUGCUUAAACGAACGGCAGCAACAACAAAACAACUAACACAACAACAAACAAACAAAAACAACAACAACAACAAACAA